AUGGAUGAGGAUGAAAGGGAAGAUAUCACAUUCUUUGAUGUAGCGGAUACUAUUGUUAAUAAAGAAUUAAUAAUUUGCAACCCAACCGUUUUAAAAUCGAUUUCGAUCCAAAAAUGCAAUCUCCACAAUCUCCCAGAUUUGCAAAGAUUCACUCAUUUGACUGAAAUGAAUCUUGAAUCGAAUUUUUUACACGAACUCCCAGACUAUUUAACCACAUUUCCAUUGGAAAGUUUGGAUAUUUCAAAUAACAUUUUUAAAGGGAAGUUGGAUGUUUCACAUUUCUCAAUCUUAAAAACAUUAAUCAUAACACAAAACCAAAUCGCUGAGAUCGAUUUAUCGGAAUCAAUUGAGUUUUUGAUGAUAACUAAAACCCCCAUCAAAAAUUUUAUUUACAAAGGAAAGCAUUUAAAAACGUUCACAAGCGACUCACUUGACUAUCUCGAGAUUGCUUCUCCCAAUCUCUUUAAUCUCAUUUCAAUUCCUCAAGUUUUUAAAAUUGGAGAUCAAGUUCGUUUUCACUUGAAAAAUUUGUCCUUGUCCAAUUGUCCAUCACUUUUAACUAUAAACUUUUCUGCUUUCGUUUUUCUUGAGAGUUUGAGUCUUCGGGCAUGCCAAAUUGACGACAUGGAGUUCAAUGAGUUCAUCUGCAAAAACGAAAGUUUUGACAAAUCCCCGAAUUUUGUCUCUUUAGAUCUUUCGCGAAAUUACUUGACGAAAAUUCCAAACUUUCCAAAAACACUCACUCAACUCAAUCUCGACUACAACUUGAUUUCUACUAUUAACGAUGACGUCAACUGGAAAAAAUUGAAACACCUUUCUUUUUCGGGAAAUAAUGUCGAUCCAACCGUUCUGACAUUUCUCAAUCACAAGUUGUCAGUUUCGCGUUUAGUUAACGAGAAAAUCUCGGAGAUUGACAACGGUAUUUUUUUGGGAUCACAACACCACGCAAGUGAUCAAUUUUUGCUUGAAAAACUAAAGAUUGUCGCAAUCCUCUCUGUUUGUGAUAUAGAGCCUUAUUAUAGUAAAAAAUAUAGUUACAAAACCAUUAGUAUUAUAGAUCUUCCUGAAACGUCAAUCUUACAAUAUUUCGACGAGUGUGUUGAAUUUUUGAUGGAAAAAAAGAGAAAACGGGAAAACGUUUUAGUCCAUUGUUUGGCUGGAGUGAGUCGGUCUGCUACGAUAUGCGUCGCUUAUAUUAUGAAUACUAAAAGUAUGAGCAGGGAUGAGGCUAUACAAUAUGUAAGGACUCGAAGACCUGUUAUACAGCCCAACAGUGGUUUUAUGGCACAACUGGCGGAGUACCAGAGGAUUUUGGAGGAAAAAAGGAGUAGUAAAGUUUGUAAUAAAAAAGUUAUUAAGAAUAGUAAAAAUGAAAAGUGCGUAUUAGUUUAA